AUGUUGGUUUCAGCUUUUCGCCGCUUUACAGCUGGUCCAGGAUCUGCAGCCGGUCCACAGAUGCCACAAAUUGAAAGAAAGGCAGUUGCUGGUGUUGGCAGACUCAUUUUAACAAUCGGAAACAAGGGAGGUGUUGGUAAAUCUAUGGUUACAGUCAACACAGCUCUUGCUCUGGCUAAAACAGGCAACAAAGUCGGUAUCUUCGAUGCAAACAUCUACUCACCAGAUAUCCCAAGGCUUACAGGCACAACAAAUUGGUUACUUUCGCCAGAUAAACAACAGAACUACUUGCCGAUCACAACUGGUGGAAUCCAACAAGUUUCUGUUGCUAACGUUAUCGGAAAGAAGGACUCAAUUCUUUGGAAGAACUAUGUUGGUGCUAUUCUUGGUGAUUUCUUGAAGAAGGCCAUCUGGCAAGAUGUUGAUUACCUUCUUGUCGAUACACCACCAGGAACUGGCGAUAUUCACAUGGCUUUAUCUACAUUAUUCAAGGCAGAUGGCGCCAUCGUUGUUGCAACGCCAGAUGCCCUCUCAUUCAUCGAUACAUGCCGCUGCAUUGACAUGCUUAACCGUAUGCCAAUUCCAAUUGUCGGUAUUGUUGAGAAUAAGGGCGAACAACAGUGCCAGACCUGCAACAAGAUCACACCAGCUCAGAACGAGGCUGGAAAGGUUCUCGCCGACAAGUAUAAACUUCAAAAGAUCUGCACAAUCCCAACAAUUCCUGCAAUUGUCGAUUCAUGCGAUAAUGGUACUCCAGCUUACACUUCUAUUGCUAACCCUGAGCUUAAGAAGUGCUUCGAUAACAUUGCCGCUGCAAUCAUGAAGAAAUUCCCUAAGCGUACACCAGAAAUCCCAACAUACGUCCCAGAUACACCUCCACCACAGCCAACUGAGUUCAAGCACUAA